AGGUCCCGCCAAAACUACUUUCACUUUCGAUUCGACGCAAAUUCAGCCGCAAUGUCGGACAAAUGAUUUGUGAGAGUGAAACGGAUUAAAAAAGGAAGAAGAAUUGUGAGAACUUGGAGGACACGACUCUAAUUGAGGUUGUUCCGCCAGCAUGGACAAGUCUCACCUUUCCAACAGCGACAUCAUCAUGACGAGCCCCGCCGGCGCCUACCCGCAGGAAGCGCUGACUCCGCCCAGGCCCGCCCACCAUCUCUCUUCAUCUUCCUUAUCCUCGCCCUCGUCCUCGCCCCUCAAACCCAACCAGGUGGGCCAGGUCGUCCUGUACGGCGUGCCCAUCGUCUCGCUGGUCAUCGACAACAUCGAGAGGCUUUGCCUGGCGCAGAUCUCCAACACGCUGCUGAAGAACUACAGCUACAACGAGAUCCACAACCGCCGCGUGGCGCUGGGCAUCACCUGCGUCCAGUGCACGCCCGUGCAGUUGGAGAUCCUCCGCCGCGCGGGCGCCAUGCCCAUCUCCUCGCGGCGCUGCGGCAUGAUCACCAAACGCGAGGCCGAGCGCCUGUGCAAGUCUUUCCUGGGCGAGAACAUGCCGCCCAAACUGCCCGACAACUUCGCCUUCGACGUGACGCACGAGUGCGCCUGGGGUUGCCGCGGUAACUUCAUCCCCGCCCGCUACAACAGCUCCCGGGCCAAGUGCAUCAAGUGCUCCUUCUGCAACAUGUACUUCUCCCCCAACAAGUUCAUCUUCCACUCCCACCGCACGCCGGACGCCAAAUACACCCAGCCGGACGCCGCCAACUUCAACUCCUGGCGGCGGCACCUCAAACUCAGCGACAAACACCCGGCCGACGAGUUGGUCUACGCCUGGGAGGACGUGAAGGCCAUGUUUAACGGCGGCAGUCGGAAGAGGGCGUUGCCUUCCUCCAGUCAUUGUUCGUCCUUGAAGACGCUUCCCGGCCCUCACAUGAUGGCCGGCGACCUCGGUCCUCAGAAACGGGCCCACUUUGACGACGAAGAGGACUUGGACGGAGGCGGUUUGUCCCCCCGUAAAACGCCGCGCUACCCCGUCAUCCCCGUGCCCAGCAAAGGCUUCGGGAUGCUCCAAAAGUUCCCCCCCACGUCGCUCUUCCCCUCCCCGUACCCCUUCCCCGCCUUCGGCCUGUGCCAACAGAAGAAGGAGGACGGCGACGUCACAACCGGGCACAAAGGCACAGGGUUGUCGGGUCUUUUGUGGCCCGGACGGAAGGACACUUUUUACCCUCCCUUCUGCAUGUUUUGGCCCCCGAGGGCAGCGGGGGGCAUCCCGGUGCCCACCUACCUGCAACCCCAGCCCAGCCUCUCCUCCCUGGCAGACAACCCCUCCCUCAGGCAGGCCUUCCUGGAUCUCUCCGACUCGUCCGAGCCCGGCAACGGAAACGCCCUCAACACAAACAUGACCCCCAGCAACGGGAGCGCCGCAUCAAGAUCCGGCCUUUUCGAUCCCGACUGCACCAUGGUGACCCCUGACCUGCGGCCCGUGACCUCCGAGAGCUGGCUUAAACUCCUGGAAAACCCCGGUCUUCAAGCCAGGAAGCCCAGCUACGGCUCGGCGUUCCGUCCCGUCGUCAAGGACGCAGAGAACAUGGCGAAGCUUCACGUCAACGCCGACGAAGAGCUCGGGGUCAUGGCGGCCGGCUCGGACCGCCACUCGCGGCUCUCGCCCGGCAGCAGCUGCAGCUACGCCAGCGAGAGCGGGGAAGCCGAGGGAGGGGACAGCGAGGAGGACGGCGAGGUGGACGUGGAGUCCUCCAAGCAGGACGACGAAGAGGACGAGGGGGUCUUCGCCGGCCGCCCCACUCAGACUCAAACUAACUUGUUCCUGCCGGCGGUGAGCAACAGCGGCGGGGAGGAGAGGGGGAAAGCGAGGGGGAGUGCUUCCCCUCCCUCCCUUGUGGACCCCAUCCGCUUGGAGUCCCCCAGCCUGCCCGCCUCCUCGCCCGCCAGCCUGCCGCUCUCCAGCUCCACGCCGCCUCACAGAGAAGAGCCGGCUUUCAAAAACGUGGACAAAAACAGAAAUGAAGGACUACCCGCCUACGCAACCAAAGACAUUUCAGCCGCUCAACAAACGGCGGAGGACAACAAAGAGCAGAACGGCUUCUUCGGAGCAGACACCGAGACGUCAGCGCCGGACUACUGGAGGGAAAGCUCAGGAGAUCAAAGUCAGGGAGCCGCUUCUCCUGUCACGCUAAAGAAGGACGUGGAGAACAUGGAGAAAGAGGAGCUCCAGAAGGUUUUGUUGGAGCAGAUUGACUUCCGGAGGAGACUGGAGCAAGAGUUUCAUGCUCUGAAGGGCACUUCCCCAUUUCCUGUCUUCCAUAAUUUCCAAGACCAGAUGAAAAGAGAGCUGGCCUACAGGGAAGAGAUGGUGCAGCAGUUGCAGAUGAUUCCAUAUGCAAACAUCAUUAGAAAAGACAAGAUCAGCUCACAUCUUAAUAAGUAGUCCGAAGGGCUAUUUCAUCAAAGAAGACCCCACAAUAAUACAAAUAAAAAAGAUGUCCCACAGUAAAUGAGAAGAAUGCAGACAUUUUUCAGGAGUUCCUGCACAGGUCUGCUUACUUACCAAAAAAAAAAAGACAUCAGGUGGAAAUCACCAGUAAGACUUUACUGGACCACAAUCCCUAAAGUCCACGGCCCUCCAUGAACUGUCCACUGAAGUUGAACUACCUGAGAAGUUGUCCAUCCAUCUUCUUCUGCGGGUCGCGGGGGCAGCAGCCUAAGCACAGAAGCCCUGCAGACUUCCCCAGCUCCCGACCGCUCGUUUUGUAAACAGAUGGAAAGUCUUGACUUUUUUCAUCCUGGGGCCUGCCUGCUGUGCUGUAAAUACAACACAAUGCUAUAUUAUAGUUGCUGUUGUUGCUGUUUUUGUAGCUGUGAUAAGAAGAGAAAACAUAUCAACCUUUAUUUACUGUGAAUAUUUUCACCCUCAACACAGAAGAAAUGUUACCUCUGUUAUUUAUCAUCCACCGUCUCUUCUUAUUUGCUGCAUUUUUCAGUUUGUAAAAACAUAUUUUAAAGACCCAAUUUCAUUUAAAGGUGAUGAUCUGUAUGCCGCCUUCUGGGGGUUCAUCACGGCUGUAUAUAUUAUAGAAACUGUAAAAUAUAUCCACAAAAGUGUACAUAUUGUCCUGUCUAAAUGUGUUUUGUUGGUCUGACCAUGAGUUAUUAUUUAUUAUUAUUAUUAUAAAUGCUGUCAAACUGAUAAAGAAAAUGAAAAAUACUGCCUCAUCUUGUUUAUAGGUUGCACCAAAUGGAUAAAGUUGUCAUUUACCGCGAAAAGAAGUUAUCAUUAUAAAUUGCAGAUGUAUUUAAAAAGCAUAUGUUCUUGUUAGCUACAAUUCACUGUGUGUGUAAAUUAAAAGCCUAUACAUGA